UCUGCCUGCCACUCUCCUGCCUGGGAUGUUUCUGUCUUUGAGAGGAGUAGUCAUCCAAGGUUUGGGGUGAGGAGGUGGUCUUCCUGCCUCAUCUUUAUUUUGUUCCCCUCUGGAGGAGGUAGUCUCCUGAAACACUCCAGACACAAGAAGCUAUUUGACCUUCAAGUCCCCACAUGCUCUCCAGCCCCCCAAACUUAUCUGAUCUGAGAGCAGGAAAAUAGCUGUAACGAAGUCCAACAUUCCAUCUCACUGGCAGGGUUCUGCAGACUCCCAGAAGAUCCCGGGGAAGGAUGGGCAGCUGUCCAUCUUCCUCUGGCCCUGGUCAUUCUCCGUUUGCUCCUUCACAACUACCAGAGCUUUUACUCUCUCCUUCGUUUCUGCAGGCUUCCCAGGAGAACGGCUCCAGAAUUAGAGAGUUAAUACCUAUACCCUCAAUCCUGGUCUAAGCCAGACUAUUCCCAGAAAGGGUUUCUAGGCAACCACCAGGGGGACAGAAGGCUAGGAAAAUGGAACCCAUCCCCUCUGACUCAGAUUCUCAAGGGAGCCAACUGCUCCCAGCAUCCCCAAGCAGGCGGACCUGUGUGUUCUUUGAGGCCCCUGGAGUGCGGGGAAGCACAAAGACACUGGGGAAGCUGCUAGAUGCAGGACCAGGGCCUCCCAGGGUUAUCCGCUGCCUCUACAGCCGCUGCUGUUUUGGGAUCUGGAACCUGACCCAAGACCAGGCACAGGUGGAGAUGCAAGGAUGCCGAGACAGUGAUGAGCCAGACUGUGAGUCCCCGCACUGUGACCUGAGCCCCCGAGCCCACCCCAGCCCGAGGUCCACUCUCUUCACCUGCUCGUGUGGCACUGACUUCUGCAAUGCCAAUUACAGUCAUCUGCCUCCUCCAGGGAGCCCUGGGACUCCUGGCUCCCACGGUCCCCCCACCGUCCCAGGCAAGUCCAUCUGGAUGGCGCUGGUACUGCUGGGACUAUUCCUGUUCCUCCUGCUGGGCAGCAGCAUCCUGGCCCUGCUACAGCGAAAGUCCUGCAGAGUGCAGGGUAGGUCAGCGCCAGAGCCAGAGCCAGAGCCAGAGCUGGAAUCAGGCAGGGACUGGAGUGCUGAGCUGCCUGAGCUGCCUGAGCUGUGUUUCUCUCAGGUCAUCUGGGAAGGAGGUCAUACAGUGGUGUGGGCUGGGCAGCUGCAAGGCAAACUGGUAGCCAUCAAGGCCUUCUCCCGGAGGGCUGUGGCCCAGUUCCAAGCCGAGAGAGCGUUGUACAAGCUGCCAGGCCUACAGCAUGACCACGUUGUCCGCUUUAUCACCGCCAGCAGAGGGGGCCCUGAGCCCCUGCCCUGUGGGCCCCUGCUGGUACUGGAAUUGCACCCAAAGGGCUCCCUGUGCCACUACUUGACCCAGCACACCAGUGACUGGGGAAGUUCCGUGCGGAUGGCACUGUCUCUGGCGCGGGGCCUGGCAUUCCUCCAUGAGGAGCGCUGGCAGGAUGGCCAAUAUAAACCAGGGAUCGCCCACCGAGAUCUGAGCAGCCAAAAUGUGCUCAUUCGGGAGGAUGGGUCGUGUGCCAUUGGAGACCUAGGCCUCGCCUUGGUGCUCCCUGGCCUCACCCAGCCUCCCACCUGGGCCCCUACUCAACCCCGAGGCCCUGCUGCCAUCAUGGAGGCUGGCACCCAGAGGUACAUGGCACCAGAGCUCUUGGACAAGACUCUGGACCUACAGGACUGGGGCACGGCCCUCCGACAAGCCGAUGUGUACUCUCUGGCUCUGCUCCUCUGGGAGAUCCUGAGCCGCUGUCCAGAUCUGUGGCCGGACAGCAGACCACCACCCUUCCAGCUGGCCUAUGAGGCAGAACUGGGUAGCACUCCCAGCACCUGUGAGCUGUGGACCUUGGCAGUAGAGGAGAGAAGGCGGCCCUACAUCCCACCCACCUGGCACGGCUUCACCACAGACCCUGGCGGCCUGAGAGAGCUGCUGGAGGACUGUUGGGAUGCGGACCCAGAAGCAAGGCUGACGGCAGCAUGUGCUCAGCAGCGUCUGGCCGCCCUGGCCCAUCCUCAGGAGGCCCAACCCUUCCCAGAGAGCUGUGCCCAAGGCAGCCCACCUCUCUGCCCAGAAGACUGCCUCUCAGGCCUCCCCAUGGCCAUCCCCCCUUGUAGGCCUCAGUGGAACGUCUGCUACUUCAGCCUCCAGCAAGGCCUUUGUUCCGGGGGUCCUCCCACACUGUGUCUCACCUGUAAAUGUGCAACUUAAGUAUAAUCUCUGUACGUGCAAACAUAAAUCUGGUGCUCCGAUGCCUGACUGCUGUGUCUCACCAUUGCCUUUCCAACCUGCCAGUUGCCUAGAUCCUUCUGUGGGCGUCUAGUAUAGGGCAGUCCCGAUCGGGGCCUGAGGGGUGGGUGUGCAUAGGAAAGAGAUAAAGUCAGCUUUAUCUCCCUGUCCUUGGGCCUUCCCCAUCUUCUGGGGAUCCUGGGCUCCUCCUGUCUCUUUCUUUUCCUUCACUAUCAUAAGCCUACUUUUGGUGGGAUCACGUGGCGGUCAUUGGGGAAAGAUGACCUCGCCAGUCUGUAGCCUCCCAGAGACGCACAACCCCCCCUUGCUGGGGGCCUGCCUGGGGUCCUGAGGCUUGAGCAGGAAGGCCUCACAGAGCACAGGAAACUUGGCUGUUCAGUGAGCAGUUUUCCAGGAGAGGCGGGGUCAGUUGGUGGAGUGUUGCAGGGUGAGGGAUGAAACUGCAGGAACCUGGGGAGCAGAAGUGUAGGGUGUGUGGAGGAGAGAGAGCAGAGGUUCUGUAGAAAACUUUAGGCAAGGCCUUGUGAACCCUAUUGAGAAGUUCUUCCUUCAUGUCUUUUUGUGUCUUCUCUAUUGGCUUUUCUUUCCCACCCCAGGCCCCUUUCAUACGCCCCACAGAGGCAUUUCAUGCUGGGUGCCUGGUUUAUAGCCCUCAUUCAGUUUCUUUUCUUUUCUUUUUUUUUUUCUUUUUCUAAAGAGUUUUUUGUUUGUUUGUUAUUAAUUUAACUAAUCUCUAUACCCAAAAUGGGACUUGAACUCCUGACCUCAAGAUCGAGUCGCAUGCUCCUCUGACUGAGCUAGCCAGCUGUGCCCCCGCCACCCCGCCUACCCCCACAGUUUAAUUUCUAACAGUGCUCUUGGGGUAGGUUACAUUCUCUUUCUAGGUGUCCGGUUUCUCAUUUGCUAAGUCAGGAGGUUCAGGCCUUCUGGUAUAACUCCAGUAGAGCAAUGGGGAAGGCUUUGACUCCCCACAAUCCUGGUCAGUGACCAACGAGCACUGUGUCUUUGAGUAAGUUAAUUAACCCUAGGAAUCUGUUUUAUCAUGUAUAAAAUAUGGGUAAAAACACCUACCCUGCUUGCAAAGUUGAUUCGGGGUAAACAAGAAAUGGUGACAGGUCUUGUGCAGCCCCUGGCCUCAGUGGACACUUCUGUAAAUGGUAGCAGUUGUGUCUGAACAUUGAGAUGAUCUCUCACCCCUUUCCAUGUUAGUUGUUCCAGUAUUAACCUCUGCAGAGCCUGUCCGCUCUCAAGCCCUGAGGCUUCACUGUUCUUCAGCACUCUAAUCCUCAAUAAGACAUCAUCACAGGAACAGGCAGCCACCAACUGAGAAACUAAGCACAUCGAAAUCCAAGCUCCUGCCUCCCCCUCACCAUCAGGGCUGCCUUCCCCUUUUCCCUGGCUCUCAAGUGCACCAAGUCUCUCACUCUCUUUUCUGGCAAUUUCUACACCCAACAUGGGGCUCAAAAUCACAACCCUGAGAUCAAGGGCUGCGUGCUCUUCUGACUGAGCCAGCCAGACACCCUGCACUAAGUUUCUCUUGGUCCUAGAGGAGCCCAACAAGGAAGGUGUUCUGUCUGCUCUGUGACCCCACCUUGUCCCACCCACCUAUAUCCAGUCGGUUCUCCAGUCCCACUGAGGUUGCAUGGGUGGGGACUGCUCCUCUUCCUAGGCUGGCAGACCCCAACUAUUAUAACUGCCUCUUGGCCACCUAUUUCCCCCCCAGUCUUGGUUAAACACCAGGCUCUGAAUAUUCUUUAUUAUUUUUUAAAGAUUUUAUUUAUUUAUUUAUUUGAGAGAGAGAGAGCGUGAGAGAGAGAGA